GCCCCUCCUCUCCUCGGCUCCCUGAGGGUUUUGUAAAGCGUCACGUUGCUCUGCAGCACACUCGGUCUCUCCACUGAAGCUCGGCAUCCUGCUCCUUCGACUUCCUCUCUUCUAUUCGCACGUCCUCACCCAAGACAGCCACCAUGACUCACCAGUUCCCUGCGCUGACUCCGGCCCAGAAGAAGGAGCUGCAGGACAUCGCCCUGAGGAUCGUAGCCCCCGGCAAGGGCAUCCUCGCCGCUGAUGAGUCCACCGGCAGCAUGGCGAAGCGCUUCACCCCCAUCGACGUGGACAACACAGAGGAGAACCGUCGGCGCUACCGCCAGCUGCUGUUCACGGCCGACCAGCGCAUCGACAGCUGCAUCGGUGGUGUCAUCUUUUUUCACGAGACGCUGUACCAGAGCACAGACGAUGGCACACCCUUCUCUAAGCUCAUCAAGGACCGCGGCAUUGUCGUUGGCAUUAAGGUGGACAAAGGUGUUGUGCCCCUGGCUGGAACCAAUGGAGAGACUACCACUCAAGGUCUGGAUGGACUGUCUGAGCGCUGUGCCCAAUACAAGAAGGAUGGUGCUGACUUCGCCAAGUGGCGCUGCGUACUUAAGAUUAGCGAGACCACGCCCUCCGAACUGGCCAUUUUUGAGAACGCCAAUGUGCUAGCUCGCUACGCUAGCAUUUGCCAGCAGAACGGCAUUGUUCCCAUUGUGGAGCCAGAAAUCCUCCCUGAUGGAGACCAUGACCUGAAGCGCUGUCAGUAUGUCACAGAGAAGGUCCUCGCCGCAGUGUACAAGGCUCUGUCAGACCACCACGUCUAUCUGGAAGGCACCCUGCUCAAGCCUAACAUGGUGACCGCCGGACAUGCCUGCCCCAGCAAGUACAGCAACGAGGAGAUCGCCAUGGCGACCGUCACUGCCCUGCGUCGCACCGUGCCUCCUGCCGUCACAGGCGUCACCUUCCUGUCGGGCGGCCAGUCCGAGGAGGAGGCCAGCGUCAACCUCAAUGCCAUUAACACCUGCUCCCUGGCCAAGCCUUGGGCGCUCACCUUCUCCUAUGGCCGUGCCCUGCAGGCCUCUGCCCUGCAGGCGUGGCAAGGGGAACUGAGCAACGAGAAGGCCGCCACUGAGGAGUUCAUCAAGCGCGCCGAGGCAAACGGCUUGGCAGCCCUGGGCAAGUAUGAGUCCUCUGGCAGUGCCGGCGCGACAGGACAGUCCCUCUAUGUGGCCAAUCAUGCCUACUAAAAGCAACCAUGUGACCGAGUUAGUCUUCUAUCUGCUCUGCUAUUAAACCUUAACCCAUUCCUCCCCACACACUUCCUCCAUCCAUGCAUCACUGGCCUGCGCUGUCUAGUGAACUUAGAGUGAUUAGAACAUUAGGUGUUUAAAAGCAGAAAGGAGCACACUGAAAGGGAACAUCUAUAUUUUUCUGAUCGAACAAAUUAACAGUUUAAAACUAUUUUGGAGGUAGGACCCAAAAAAAGAAAUAGUCUCCUAGUUUAGCAUGUGUGUGGGGCCAAGCAGUCAUUAUGGUGACAUCGAGGAGUUUGGGAGGUGACGGUUCAUCGGAAAAGACCCAAGAGACUCAACUUCCAAGCUGCCACUAAUCAAUCAACUUUGUGUGCGUGUGUCCACGUUAGCUUUAAAUUGCACAGUUUUAAUGUAUACGGUUGUGUGAAGCUGUCAAUAUUGUGUCAUUUCCCUCCCCCCAAAGGAAGUAGAAAGAAGAUGAUGAUGAUGAUUGGUUUGCGGGGAGUCACUCACUGCUGUAUCGGAUCAACUGUGACGUAUGUGUUGUUAAUAUUGUUCUUGAAGCACUCGCUGUGUCAAAUAGUGAAGACAAAUAAACUAUAUUAAAACAAUAAAA